AUGGAAGUGCGCGCCCAGCUGGAGGCAGCGGCGGCCGCUCCGCCGCCCCAGGACGCGGGUAAAGUGGGGGCCAUGGAAGCCGGGGUGGGCAGGGGGAGCAGCCCUCCGGGACCUUCUCCCGCCGCCCUUUCGGUGUCCCUGGGGAGGAGAGGACUCGCCGGCGCGCUAGAAGCUCCCGCGCACUUGGCUCUUAUUUGCCAUCUUUAAUUGCCAAUAGAAGAAUGUAAUGGCCCAAUUAUGCCCGCGUUAAUAUUAGCCCCGAGGGGAGCGCACCUGUCCCCGCCCGUUGCUGCGUUUGGGGACACCCCCUCUGCACAAAGGGGGACCGGCUCCAAGUCCUUCUUAGACACGCUCUAGUUAAGGACGUGGUAAAUCACUUCUCUCCCACCCCAAGGCAGCCUCCAGAAAGCCCAAUUCUGGAGCAAGCUCUACUUUGCGCGUUGUAGCCUCGAACUCCGGCGUCUUGGAAGGACGUUCCAUUUCUCGUCCCAAGGAGCUGGUCCCUAGCUCUGCAAAUGAGCGAAACAAACAAUUUCCUCCAUAGGUAGCUCCGGCAGGGCGGUUCAUCCACGGAAUUUUGUUUCUAUCGCUGGUUUCUGUAUUAAAACUUGCAUGGGAGUAAAUCUCACUGAUCACAGUGGAUCUUGAUUCUGAGUAAACCUACGCGGAAACUGGCUUGCACAGCUUUGGAAAUUACUGAAAUGAAAAGUCUGGUGCCUUGCUGGAUGGGGUUUCAUGGUAAGGGGCAGAAGCCCCAGAGGGCGGUAUCCCAUUCAGUUUUACCUGGAGUAGACCUAUUGAAAUCAAUGGGCCUCACUUGGUUAUUAAUUUCAGUGCGUCUCCUCUGAGUAAGACUUAGGUGAAUGCAACCUAUAGUUUUAUUUUGCUAGGUCUUAGGCACAGCACAAAAGCUAUGCUUAUGGAUCUAAGGCUUGUGGGAUCAGGAAAAAUAAGGGGUGGGGUGGUUCUAAUACUUAUUCUUUUGGUAUCUGGCCUGAAAAUGAAAGAAAAGAAAGAUGCCCUGCCUGUUCAGUGUCCCCCACCUCUCUUACAUUGGUUGGCUGGUGGUGCACCUUUAAAAGAGAGGAAAAAAGAGCGUCCACACUCAACAGGCAGCACUUAUUUUUUAUUUUCUGUUUCACACAUGAAAACAUCAGAAUGACUUGAAACCACCUCAGUCCUGUUAAGUGGGGACUGAGAAUAAAGGCCAAAUUUGUUGUCAGGGCCAGCCAUCCACAUCUUUUCCACACCACUUCCUUCACAUAGCAGGGACUUGGAAGGCUCUUUGCAUGAAAAGGAGUGCAAGGGAAGAGAAACAAAUCUUGACUUGCACUUUGUUCAUUUCCGGUAUCACAACUGGGUUGGGAGAAGGCUGCUCAAAGCAGUAAAAGGAAAAGUGAGGGAGGGGUGGUUUUCACUCCCCUCCCUGUUUACUCUUUUUCAUCUAGGCAGUAGAUUCUAGGACCCCUUUCCUGUUUUAUAUUGUGAACAGAAAGAUGUGCAUGUACAUGGCUGCCUAUCAAGCCUAGUUUGGCCCCAAAUUCCAGACUGAUGCUCAUGGUGACACAUGUUUUGCAUGUGGCAUGUGACACAUGCAAAACAUGGUGACAUGGUGACAUGGUGACACAUGCAAAACAUGGUGACACAUGUUUUGCAUGUGGCAUGUGGACGUGUGAUGAAUUGGCCUUAUGUAUGUACCACCAAUUCACAGGAACAAAGCUUUUAUCCACUGUCAUGGUCCUCGCACGUGGUGGUGCCUGCGCAUGCGUCCUGCGCAUGAGUCCAACCCUAAAGGCAGUUUAAAGUGUCAACUGCACCCUCAUGGAUGGACUGAGUUGUGGCAUCACAAAGUUCAGGGAUAGGUCUUCCCUUUCCCGAUGUUAAGAAGUAUAACAUUAGCUUAAUCACUCCCCCAAAUGGCCUGAAAAUACACAAUGUGGGUUUCAGAUAAGCAGAUUUGGCCUUGAAUGCUACCUGGGAAUCACAUGUAAGCCCUUGGGAAAUAUAGGCUCAUAUGCUGUCAAUGUAAUCUAAGGUACGGUGCACUAUAAAAUACUCUCUCCCUACUUUUAUGAGCUCUUCAAGAGGAAAAACUGGGUGUAUGCAGGGUGUUUUAAUGACUUGCCUUGCAAGUUCAAACCAAAGGUCAGAGUUCUGUUUCCAGCUGUGGUAACCCAGAUACAAGCAGUACAUGAAAAUGAUGGCCAUCAUUUGUUUGACCCAAGUAUCUGGUGCUUGGAGGCAUACAUUGAGGUUCCAUUUAGUUAUUGUGACAGAUAGCCGUUGACAGAGCAUUCCUCCGUGGAAUUGUCUUGUGGUUGGUUGGUUGGUUUUAAACCAUCUAUGUUUAAUAAAUGUCUAAGACAGUCAUUAAGAGGUUGUGACAGUUAUUAAGAGGUCAUUAAGAGGUUGUGAAAAAUUUGCAAAAUUAAAGCGGAAAGGAAACAAACCGCAACACUGAUAAAGGUGGAAGAGGAGUGGGUCAGGGGCUGAGCAGGAAGGUGUCCCAUGACAUGACUUUUCAUGAAGGUUGUACGUCAUUUAUAAGGAAGCUGCUUUUUCAGUACUAAACACUUAAGAAAUAAGGACAGAGGUCUCCACAGGUCAUAAUAAUAGAUGGAGAAUGUGUAAGCUACUUGUGAUGUAUAUUAGAACAAAUUACACAAAACCAGGACAUGGCUUUUUAUGUCAUGGGAAGCUGUUUUGACUUUUGCACAUUGGAAAUGCAUUAGUUCAUAUUUUCCCCUGGGAAGCUGUUGGUUUAACCCUUCAUUCCCAAGUGAAACAGCCAUUUCUGCUCCCAUUCAGCCUGCAUUAUUUUUAUCCUUCACUUUAUGUCUUGCAUUGCUGUCUUUCCACAGUUAAAACUUUGACUGUAAACUUCUUGAGCAGGGACCUGUCUUACUUUUGUAUCUCGCUUUCUUGAAUAACCAUUUCAGUUCAUUUGCUUUGCAGUGUGCAUGGAGGAGUUUGCGAGUCAAGAGGGGAAGGGACUUAGAGAGCCGCUGUUGUGCACAGACGAAAAUGGGAACCUUGAGAGUGAGGUUGGAGCCAGAAGUAGUGUGGUGUCCGUUCUCCACACCGUCAUUAUAGACGAAAAGACGGGGCAGAUCCUGGAGAAAGAAAGGGAGAAUGAUGUUGCAAAGCAAGAGCAGGCAGGGGACUGUUAUAUAGGACAAGGCGCAGGGUCCUCGGCUCCACAGUCGUCAGCUUUGGAUAGUCACCAGCUCAAUUUUGUCACUAUAUACAGGCACCUGCCAAACUAUGCCAGCAAUAUAAACCCUGAUCCCCCUAUUCCGGAAGCUGAACUGAACCAAGAAUUCAUUAAUCAGCCAAAGCCACAAAUCCCAGCAGAAGUAUCCUGCCUUAAAGUUUCGGAAAAGGGGAAUGUGAAAAGAAGAAGCGAUGCUGUUUUUACUGCUGGUUCUCUGAAAGCAUCUUCGGCUGCUUUGGAGGAUGCAAAUACUUCACAGCAGAAUCAGGGUGUGGGCCAAAACCUAAGUCUGGGCCAUGCUAUGCGCAGAUCGGCCAGAUGCGCUGCAGCCAGCUGCGUAGGUCAGCAGUCCUCCAGAGCCUCUUUGUUCCAAACAGCCAAGGGCAAGCAGGAGGGAGCCAAUGAGAAGAAAGAACCACCAAAAGCUCCAGUGGAGCCUGCCCCACCUGCCCAGAAAAAGACUCGCACGUUCUACAGUGCUGGUAAGCGAUUAAGAGCUGAUUCAUCCCUCUUCAUGGUCCCUUCUCAGCCCUCAGUGCUACAGUGUUCUUAGAGUUAACUGUUGCUGGAUCAUGUUAUAGUAACUUGCUCACACACUUUGCUGGGGAGCAGGGAAGUAUUAUGAGUUGGUAACGGUUGCCUCCUGAACCACCAGCACCCAUUUGAAGUCCCUCAAGGCUCCUGUGUUACCAACAGCAGCAGCUUCUUUUUUUGCUGGGUCUGAAUGCAAUGACCCAACCAAAAAGUGAAUUGUACCAUGUGUUUAUUAUAGCUCAACUACAGGCAGAGUAAGCAAUGCUUAGCCCUGCUCAAUACAGCAUGAUGGCUAGUACGUUCAGUAGCACCUUCACCAGUCUCUGUCUUUGCUGAGGUUGGUGGAGGAGAGUUUCCAAGCCACUUUUAUAUCUUUCUCUCGUAAACAUUCUCAUGGCCCCCAUGACCAGACACCAGAGCUCCUUGGACAGGUCGCUGAGCUUUGAAGCCCAGCUAACAGCUGCCGUGGACUAAACAAUAGAUAAGAAAUUGGCUCCCUGGCCAGCUGGUGCCCUGUCAUAAGAGAAGUGUUACAACAUCUCUUAACUCCUUGCAAUGCCGUUCUGCAAUUCCAUUACAGCUCCUCCUUCAGAUCUCUUAAUUCCAGAGUAUUCCUUCCUUUCAGGUAGCCGAAAGCCCAUCAGUUUGGAACUGGGCCACCCAAAAAUCAGUUAGAGAUCUCUACAUACCUGCUUGGUAUACAGAAAUAUAGUAGUUGAUGAGUUAAAAGAAAAUUCAUUUAAAAAAACCAGACAUGAAAGCUUCCAGAACCUUUGAAAUGUUGAGGGAACAACGAUAAGAAAAUUGUAGAUAAAUUUAAUUGCCUAAAUAGGUUGGUAUGCUUGCGGGGUGGCACGCUUCUGCCCAUUCAUAGCUAUACAGUGGUACCUCAUGUUACAUACGCUUCAGGUUACAGACGCUUCAGGUUACAGACUCUGCUAACCCAGAAAUAGUGCUUCAGGUUAAGAACUUUGCUUUAGGAUGAGAACAGAAAUUGUGCUCCAGUGGCGCGGCAGCAGCAGGAGGCCCCAUUAGCUAAAGUGGUGCUUCAGGUUAAGAACAGUUUCAGGUUAAGAACGGACCUCCGGAACGAAUUAAGUACUUAACCUUUAGUACCACUGUACUAAAAUUUCUCUGCUGUGUCUCCUGUGGGCAGCUCUCACAAGUGCCCCCAGGGCGGGGGCAAAAAGAUCUAAAGGAACUGCAAGUCAAGCAGGCUGCGUAGAUCUUAGAAUGAUGGCUGGUAUCCAACUAUGGUUUACUCAGAGUAGACUCAUUGAAAUUAACGAAUCUAAAUUAGCAAUUGUUAUUAAUUGUAAUGGGCUUACUCUGAGUAUGACCAGCACUGAAUGUAGCCCGUUAUCUGUGGUUGACAGGGGAUGUUGAAGUGAACUGUGCACUGGAUAUGAGAUUUUAAAAACUCUUCCUGUAAUGUUACUUCCAUAGCUAUAUAGCAAUAAGGUGAUUAGGCUCAGAGCUCGUAGUUAGCCCCAGCCUCAGCCCUUUAGCAUUAUGUAGGAAGACUGGCUCUAGCCCUGAACAGGAGCCCUCCUGUUAGAGACCAUGGGUGUGCUGCAACAUUUUGAUGUAUUUUGAUACAAAAAUUUUAAGGGUUUUAUACUAUUCCUCCCCACUCUGAACUUAUCCUCUUCUCCCUUUCACAUUGCUCUUUUUUCUUCUUCUUCAUUUAAUGAUACCCUCCUUCCCAGAACAGCUAGAGGAGCUGGAGAGAACGUUCCACGAGGACCAUUAUCCGGACAGCGAGAAGCGUCGCGAAAUUGCUGCUGCUAUCAGCGUGACCCCACAGCGUGUUAUGGCGAGUCUUCCCUGCUGAACAACAAACGGGGGGGGGGGGUCAAUAGUAAAAAUAGCCCACUGGGAAAGGAUUAUUCUGCUGUUGUGAUUGCAUUUACAAUUCCUCCCUCCACCCCUGUUGGCUAGGGGUCAGCAACUCCAGUCCACCGUCCCUCAGACCAUGUGGUGGGCCGAACUAUAUUUUGGGGGAAAAAUGAACGAUUUCCUAUGCCCCACAAAUAACCCAGAGAUGCAUUAUUAAAUAAAAGCACACAUUCUACUCAUGUAAAAAAACCAGACAGGACCCACAAAUAACCCAGAGAUGCAUUUUAAAUAAAAGGACACAUUCUACUCAUGUAAACACACGCUGAUUCCUGGACCGGAUUGAGAAGGCGAUUGGGCCGGAUCUGGCCCCGGGCCUUCGGUUGCCUACCCCUGCUGUUGGCCUUUCUGUAGCAGGGGGUGAAUAGCAGUUGAAUCACAACUGUGUUUCAUUCAGAUUGGGCCAGCAUCCAAAUUGCAAUUGAUGCUCCAUCACAUAUACCGCCACCCCCCUACCGUAUCUUUGGUGGCAGCUUUUUAUAUAUAAAAUGCCAAAGCCGGCUGCAGUCUAGGGUGGACCAGUAGCAGUGGGGAAAAGGACUGAGCAACCUCUGGCAAUUCCCCACUCAAUUUGCCCUUCUCCAGCUGCUUCUUACCAGGAGAGGGGGGCAUGUAGCUUGAGGAAGGAGAGAUAAUAAUAAUAAUAAUAAUAAUAAUAAUAAUAAUAAUAAUUUAUUAUUUGUACCCUGCCCAUCUGGCUGGGUUUCCCCAGCCACUCUGGGCGGCUUCCACAAAGACCAAAAAUACACUAAUAUGUCAUACAUUAAAAACUUCCCUGAACAGGGCUGCCUUAAGAUGUCUUCUGAAUGUCAGGUAGUUGUUUAUCUCUUUGACAUCUGAUGGGAGGGUGUUCCACAGGGCGGGUGCCACUACCGAGAAGGCCCUCUGCCUGGUUCCCUGUAGCUUUGCUUCUUGCAAUGAGGGAACCGCCAGAAGGCCCUCAGCACUGGACCUCAGUGUCCGGGCAGAAUGAUGGGGUGGAGAUGCUCCUUCAGGUGUACUGGGCCGAGGCAGUUUAGGGCUUUAAAGGUCAGCACCAAUACUUUGAAAAGCAUCAAGCAGCUCUUGUUCAAGAUUGCAGCUUCAGUCCUUGCUUGGCUUUUAAAAUGGGAUGGUUGGUGGUGGAUAUUUUUGCGGUGCCUUUUGAUUUCUAUGUGUUGUGAAAGGGGGUUCUGUGAUCUGGUGAAGAGCAUUAACUUGCCACAAGACCUCUCAUUUUAUGGUGAGUUUGGUGUUCAUACGGUUUACAAAGAAGUUGGAAAUGUGGAGUUUGUUUUAUUUCACUGAGGAUUCCUCUCCCCUUUGUUAGAUCUGGUUCCAGAAUCGCAGAGCCAAGUGGAGGAAAACAGAGAAAUUGACAGUGAAAAGCAGCAAGAAAUGUUCAGUUGCAACAUUGGCUUUGUCAAUAGGCCGUCAACAAAGUUCUCAAGGGUGAGAAGCCUCCACAACUCAUGUUGAAGAUGGAUGGUAGUUUUUUAAAGAGAACAGAAAGUGAUACAAAUGGCAGCAAAAUCUUCUUUUGUCACGUGGGUUUUCCAAGGUUUUGGAACUACAGAAACUUGCAGAACCUGUUUCUUUGGGAGCAAAAUUGACAUGAGUGGACACACUAUGAUCUAGGAGGAAUCUCUCAGGUCACUUUUAGCACUUUGGCAAAAAUACAUUCCAGUCUCCAGGAUGAAGCUUAUAUGAAUGACGGGCGUUUGUUUUCUCUCACAGCCUUUUUCUUAAUUUCAUACUUUCUGUUAAUGGUGCUGGAAUACAAAAAUGUCUGUAGCCAGAAGUCUACAUUCUAGGUACCCAAAUACAAUUCAGUUUUUAAAGAGUAUUUGGUUUUUGUUAAUUGCAAAUAUGUUUUAAAAUACAGGUUUUUGUGAGUUACAGAAGAUAUAACUAAAAGGUAUAGGUGCUUAAACAACAGACAAAAUGUGUGAUGAGAGGAAGUUGACAAAAAAUGCUUUUUCCCAUCAGUUCCUUUCCAAAUUUAUGAUGCACCCCCCUUCAAAAUAGAACUGCCUUAUGAGUUACGCUAAGUGAUUUUUCUCUCUGGAAAUUGUGUGAAAUUUAAAUAAGCUUUCUUAAAGCAACUCUUAUGGAAUACAACAAAUCCUUGCUUUUAUACUGCCCCCCCUCCCAAAUUUAUUACCCCCAACUCUUACCAGUAUUAUAGGGGUGUGGCUUUGGAUUCCUGUACAGCUUUUUAUCAAUUCCCAUGUUUCCUGUUUCCUGUAUCCUUCUCCUUAUUGCCUCUCUUCCCCCUUCCCCAAUGCCUCCUCCUCCUAAUAAUAAUAAUAAUAAUAAUAAUAAUAAUAAUAAUACUUUUAUUAUUUCUACCCCACCCAUCUGGCUGGGUUUCCCCAGCCACUCUGGGCAGUUUUCAACAGAACAUUAAAAGCAGAAUAAAUCUUCAAAUAUUAAAAGCUUCCCUAAACAGGGCUGCCUUCAGAUGUCUUCUAAAAGUUGGAUAGUUGUUUAUUUCUUUGACAUCUGAUGGGAGGGCAUUUCACAGGGCGGGCGCCACUACCGAGAAGGCCCUCUGCCUGGUUCCAAACAUCCUCUCAGCAGAGCAGCCCUGAAAUAUGAUAAAUUUUGCCUCGACAGCUGUGAUAUUUGGGUUUGAAUUGGAGGGGGGGCAUUUGACAGAUCAGCCAACCAAGCUAAAGAGAGAAAAUGAAUAUUCUUGUUCUGUAAUGGAGCUGCAAAGGCGUUAUCUUAGUAAAGAAGGCGACAGAAUCUCUUUUCCUCAGAAGACAAGGAAAUGGAAAGUGAAGCAGCAUCGAGGGGAAGGUUUGCAUUUUGCCUUCUGCCCAUUCCUCCAGUCUGGUGCAGUGGUUGAGCAGUGGACUUGUAAUCCGGUGAACCGGGUUCGAUUCCCCACUCCUCCACAUGCAGCUGCUGGGUGACCUUGGGCUAGUCACACUUCUCUGAAGCCUCUCAGCCUCACUCGCAGAGUGUUUGUUGUGGGGGAGGAAGGGAAAGGAGAAUGUUAGCUGCCUUGAGACUCCUUCGGGUAGUGAUAAAGCGGGAUAUCAAAUCCAAACUCCUCUUCUUCCUCCUCCUGAUCAUGCUGUUAAACUUUGCUUUCAGUAUAACUCUGCUGCCUGCACCCCCCGUAUCUGACAUGGUGCACGAUCAGCCUUCUGCACUCAUGAUGGAUGCCGCACCUGAUGCCAACUAUUCUAACAUGCUCAGUGGAUCGGCCGUGCCACUGGCCGCCUCCUCAGGUGAGAUCUGUUCAGCUUGUGGCACUGGUGACUUGGGUAGGGUUGGCCCUUGCCUGACUUCCUGUUUCCCUACUUUACUUCCUCUCUCAGUGGAAGGUCUAUUUCUCACACGGCGCAGCACUAAAUCGAGGCCUUUAUCUUCAUGGGAUAAACACAAGAUUGUUCCGUUCACAUUUUAAGGUGCGCACGUAAAACAGCUUUGGCAUUUUUGAAAAAGGCUGUAAGACAACUUGUAAACGGAGGAUUCUUCACAUCUUUCGUUCCUUGGAAUACAGCAGAGAAAGGCUGAUGUUGGAGCACACCAGGGCAACUACCUGUGACUCUGUUUUUUCCCCAUCUACUUUCCACAAAUGUAAUGCUUUUAGAAAGGAAAUAUCUAGUCUUUGUGUUUGACCUGUUAUGCAACUCUGCUCACUGGAAAGAAAGCAUGGCUUUCAUUUAAUAUAGGGAAACCUGCGACCCUUCUUGAGUUGUUGGACUUCAUCUCCCAGCAGGUCCUGUGGUUGGGGGUGGUGGGAGCAUCAUCAGGAGGGCUACAGGUGCCCCCCUCCCCAGGUUAAAACCUCCCGUGUUUCCUUGCUUGUGGCAUAUUCCACUGUGCCUCACUGCGACAAAGACUGAUUCCAGAAUGCUUCCCUUGACUUUUCAAAUCUUGCAGCCAGGACUGUAAAAUUUGCUUUCACUUUGUAAGAGCAAACAAAAAUACUCCUCAGUUUCAUCUGGAUCCAAUCUGGUUCCAAUUCCACAAUCAGACAAUGGGUAAAAAACUUAGAAUGUAAAGGCCACUUGAGAGAGGCGGCGUAAACCCUUCUUGACUCUGAGAUGAAAGUUAACCGGCUGCAUCUACAAAGCAACUCAAUGAGAUUUUCUUCACUGGUGAAGGCAAAAAUGAGUUACUGGCUUUCAUAUUCCUUUGAAGAUAGAUCAGUAGAUAAUCUCAGAGUUGUGAGUUUGAGCCCCACAAAAGAUUCCUGCAUUGCAGGGGGUUGGACUAGAUGACCCACACGGUCCCUUCCAACUCGAAAGUUCCAGGGUAGUCAAAUGCCAGGUGGCUGCUCCCUCCAGACUCCUAAAGGAAAGAGGCUUUCACUGCCCCCUUCAUGUAAAGCAUUUUUAGGGGAAACUUAACUGAGGCUCAGGGACGCGGGUGGCGCUGUGGGUUAAACCACAGAGCCUAGGGCUUGCCGAUCAGAAGGUCGGCGGUUCAAAUCCCCGCGACGGGGUGAGCUCCCGUUGCUCGGUCCCGGCUCCUGCCAACCCAGCAGUUCGAAAGCAUGAAGUGCAAGUAGAUAAAUAGGUACUGCUCCAGCAGGAAGGUAAACGGCGUUUCCGUGCACUGCUCUGGUUCGCCAGAAGCAGCUUUGUCAUGCUGGCCACAUGACCCGGAAGCUGUACGCCAGCUCCCUCGGCCAGUAAAGCGAGAUGAGCGCCGCAACCCCAGAGUCAGCCACGACUGGACCUAAUGGUCAGGGGUCCCUUUACCCUGUUACCUGAGGCUCAUGCCUGGCAAGAGUGAAGAGUCCUUGGAGCAAACUGAAGGUGUGAGUGAAAGCACUCUCCUCUUCUUCCUCUCAGCCGAGGAUCAGCAGCUGGAGUGGGAGAUGCUGACUGAGAAACAGGAGCCGGCCAACUAUCAUAGAAUCAUAGAAUCAUAGAGUUGGAAGAGACCACAAGGGCCAUCGAGUCAACCCCCUGCCAAGCAGGAAACACCAUCAGAGCACUCCUGACAUAUGGUUGUCAAGCCUCUGCUUAAAGACCUCCAAAGAAGGAGACUCCACCACACUCCUUGGCAGCAAAUUCCACUGUCGAACAGCUCUUACUGUCAGGAAGUUCUUCCUAAUGUUUAGGUGGAAUCUUCUUUCUUGUAGUUUGGAUCCAUUGCUCCGUGUCCGCUUCUCUGGAGCAGCAGAAAACAACCUUUCUCCCUCCUCUAUGUGACAUCCUUUUAUAUAUUUGAACAUGGCUAUCAUAUCACCCCUUAACCUCCUCUUCUCCAGGCUAAACAUGCCCAGCUCCCUUAGCCGUUCCUCAUAACUAGCAGCACUUCAGUAGGCAAAUUGGCUCGGGGUUUCCAAGUGUCUUGAGGACAGCGUUGAAAGGGAUGUUCAGAGAGGGGUGGGAAGAGAGAGAGCCAAAGCAAAAAACCUCUGAGGGUAUGUGGGACUUGGAAGCACUGGCUGUCUUUACCUGUCCAGGUGAGAGCUGGGAGGGCAGCCUGCCACAUGGGAGAGAAGUGUGGCUUCUUUUCAGUAUAAAGGUAAAGGUACCAUUAGGUCCAGUCGUGACCGACUCUGGGGUUGCAGCACUCAUCUCGCUUUACUGGCCGAGGGGGCUGGCGUACAGCUUCCGGGUCAUGUGGCCAGCAUGACUAAGCCACUUCUGGCGAACCAGAGCAGCGCACGGAAACACCAUUUAUCUUCCCACCGGAGUGGUACCUAUUUAUCUACUUGCACUUUGACGUGCUUUUGAACUGCUAGGUUGGCAGGAACAGGGACCAAGCAACAGGAGCUCACCCCGUUGCAGGGAUUUGAACCACUGACCUUCUGAUCAGCAAGUCCUAGGCUCUGUGGUUUAACCCACAGCGCCACCCAUGUCUCUCUGUUUAGUAUAGUGCUAGCUAAUAGUGUGCUUCCGUAGAAUGUCCUUUGGCGCAGUGACAUCACACCCCCCCUUGCAGUUUAGUGUACUGCCAGCAGCUUAUGUAUUGUUUGAUAAAUUUUCCCUAGGGAUAGGCUAGCCACCUUUCAGGCUGGUGAACUUCAUUGGGCUUGAUAGAUCACAAGUUGUGCAAAUCUGACUCAGAGAACGGAAACCUUAGCAGCUCCUUCCUUCACCUGGUCCCUGCCAAUUCCCAGUUCAGAAGCUGGGGCAGAGAGAAGCUCCUCUGCUCCUUGUCUUAGGGCAGCAAGCAGGGCUGGGAGGAAACGCCUUUUGCGAAGCAAGUCUCAGAACUCUCAGUUGUUGUGUCAGUAACAACCAGAAGAUGGUGAUCUUACACAGGCUUUUAAGGACGAGGCUUUCCUAGUGAUCUGGGAAAAACAAGUGUUGGACAGGUAGCAACCUUUCCAAGUCAUGUAUUCAUGGAUGGUGCUGAUUAUUUGGAACCGUUCCAAAUAAUUUUGAGAAAGCAACAGGUUUUGUUUCCUGGUAGUUGAUUUACAUCAGGGCAGGGGGAAUGAUACUCUGGACUUCCUAGAGGGUUUUUGACCACAGUAUUCUUCUGGAUCAGUUGCGUAGGUUGGGCUUACAAGACAGAUUUUCAGUGACUCCAGUAGCUGGAUGAGUAUCUUCAGAAAGUACUGCCGUGGGACACUGUUCCCACCCCAUGGCCAUUGGCUUAAGGCAGGGUAGGCAGCCCAAGGGCCAGAUGUGGCCAAAUCGCCUUCUCAAUCCGGCCCACUGACGGUCCGGGAAUCAACAUGUUUUUACAUGAGUAGAAUGUGUCCUUUUAUUUAAAAGGCAUCUCUGGGUUAUUUGUGAAUGAGCUGAGGUUAAAUUCAGAGAAGUUGUAGGUUGGGAGAUUGUUUGCUCCAUAAAGUGGCUUACAGUUGAUCUUAGUUUGGAUUGCUUCAAAUAUUUAAAUAUUUGCUAUCUUACUCUUGAGCCAAAAAAAAAGGCUUCAAGUGUUUCUAUACAGAUUAUUUCAGAAAAGAAAGAAAGACCGGGUCCCCAGACUUCGAAUAUGAAAAGACAUGACAUGGGAGGAAAAUAGAUUGGGAGGGUAGAGGAGAUAAGCACAUGCAUGCGCUUAAGUUCCUACUUAGAAAAAUAUGGAACGCAGAAUAGAAAAGAACAGCUCCCUAGAGAGAGUUCACCAGAGUAGUGAUUGGAAAACACUGCCCCAGACUAGCAUGGUGAUUGAGGCUGAGCAUCAUCUGCAGUGUGCAAAUAAUAAUAAUAAUAAUAAUAAUAAUAAUAAUAAUAUAUCGCGCCUAUUUAGCUGGGUUUCCCCACCCACUCUGGGUGGUUCCCAACAGAAUAUUAAAAGCACACUAAAACAUCAAACAUUAAAAACUUCCCUAUACAGGGCUGCCUUCAGAUGUCUUCUAAACGUCAGUUGUUUAUUUCCUUGACAUCUGAUGGGAGGGCGCUCCACAGGGCUGCGCCACCACAGAGAAGGCCCUCUGCCUGGUUCCCUGUAACUUGGCUUCUCGCAGUGAGGGAACUGCCAGAAGGCCCUUGGAGAUGGACCUCAGUGUCUUGGCUGAACAAUGGGGGUGGAGACGCUCCUUCAGGUAUACUGGACCGAGGCUGUUUAGGGAUUUAAAAGUCAGCACCAACACUUUUAACUGUGCUCAGAAAUGUACUGGGAGCCAAUGUAGGUCUUUCAAGACCAGUGUUAUAUGGUCUCGGUGGCCACUCCCAGUCACCAGUCUAGCUACUGCAUUCUGGACUAGUUGUAGUUUCUGGGUCACCUUCAAAGGUAGCCCCACGUAGAGCGCAUUGCAGUAGUCCAAGUGAGAGAUAACUAGAGCAUGCAUCACUCUGCCGAGACAGUCCGCGGGCAGGUAGGGUCUCAGCCUGCGUACCAGAUGGAGCUGGUAAACAGCUGCCCUGGACACAGAAUUGAUCUGCGCCUCCAUGGACAGCUGUGAGUCCAAAAUGACUCCCAGGCUGCGCACCUGGUCCUUCAGGGCCACAGUUACCUCAUUCAGGACCAAGCAGGGUGUUACUUCAAGGCUAGGGAAAAGUCAAUCAGCCAACAAAGUGAAAACAGCCCUACCCCAAUGCACACAUAAAAUGAGCUUCAGACCAAACAUGCCACUGCUCUGCCUCAAAAAUAAAGGGAUGGGGAGGAAAACCUGGCCUCCGUGGCCCAGGUCACACUACUGCCUUUGCACAAGGUAGCCACCUGGGCAAGAGAACGGGAGGCACCAGACUGAAUACCCAUGCACAGAGCGGACUCCCCCCCCCCCCAUUUUCUUGGUAUCAGUAGCAGCAGCCUCAACCAGUUCUAAGGCUGCCUCUCUCCAUCUCCAGCAAAGCUCUUUAUGUACCGUGUUUUUCGCCCUAUAAGAUGUACCUGACCAUAAGACGCACCUAGUUUUAGAGGAGGAGAACAAGAAAAAAAAAUUCUCUCCCUCUCUGUGCAGUGCCUCUCCAGCAAAGCGAAGUCAGAACAGCAAGGGGGAUCGGUGUCUUGGAAUUGCAAUAUGGACAAAAUAUUAUGUUGUAUUCUGUGGGUUCGAACAACAUUGUCACCUUCCACUGAAUGACUCUCACUUUAAUCAAUUGUAAGGCUAUUAAAGAGUCUCACAAUAGGAGCUGAAAUGGUUCCCAGAAGCUGAAAUAGUAAUUUUUGCUCAGUUUGAACUCUGUGAUGAACACCAGUUUUGCAGGGUAAUAAGGAAGGUUCUAAUGGCGGGGGGGGGGGGAGUUUAACAAUUUUUGUAAAGCAGUUUCAUGUGCUUGUGGAGUACUUUUGACCCCCUAAUACUAUUUGUAAUGAUAUUAAGAAAAGUGAGUAGUUUGCCUAUUAUUGUAAUAGUAAAAAUAUUGGUCCUUUCCCCUCUCUGCUCUUUUAAGAGAAAAGGUGAUUUAUGCAUCUGCCAGUAUGAUAGGAACUAUUAUAGGAGCUACCUUAUGUUCUUAGCUUCUCAGUUUUCUCAUUCACUUCCAUGGAGACAGUAUUGACACCCAAACCAGUAAGAGCUGGUUGUUGUUGUUUUUUACGAGAUUUAGGAGGGAGCCCUUGAAAAGCUAUGCAGCAAUUUACACCUCAUCGUUGUUGGGGAGCAUCUGGACUGUGGUGUUGUAGAAGGCUGACACGGAAGUUUUGUGUUUUUGUUGGUGCUGUCAGGAUGGCACCUGUUGAAGGAAAGAUAACUGGAUCCCCAUAGGUGUCAACUGUGAAUUUACUCCGUGCCCUGUCUCUGUCAGGCUCAUUGUUCCCCUUCCCUGCUGUGAUGAAACUUGCACCCAGUAUCGGGGAAACCUCUUCUGUGUUGGGACAGGUGAAGUGUCACUGACGUCAGACAGAUGUAAUUGUGGAACCACACAAGCAACUCCAGAGGAAUCCGGACUCUCCCACAAUCCCGUUUGCUCUUCUGGAGAAGGGUGUGAUGUGACUCACGUUCCCUUUGACUUGUUUUGACACGAUCUCCUAGGCUGUGCAUCAGCAUAUGCAAUUAACAAACUGGAAAGGUGGUUCUUAAACUGAAGGUGAAACAAGCCUUGUUCUCAGAACGAUGCCUGAGGGUCACACCACACAUUAUGCAGAGGCAAAUGUAGAUUUGUUGCUGAGGGUUCACACCACAGGGAGCUGAAUUCAACAGUGGCUCCCAGAUUAUGUUGAUGCAUGAUACAAGUGUGUCAUUCCUGCAUGAUAAAGGUAAAGUGAACCCUGACCAUUAGGUCCAGUGGUGGCCGACUCUGGGGCUGUGGCGCUCAUCUCGCUUUAUUGGCCAAGGGAGCCAGAGUACAGCUUCCGGGUCAUGUGGCCAGCAUGACUAAGCCGCUUCUGGCGAACCAGAGCAGCCCACAAAAACGCCGUUUACCUUCCCGCUGGAGCGGUAGCUAUUUAUCUACUUGCACUUUGACGUGCUUUCGAACUGCUAGGUUGGCAGGAGCAGGGACUGAGCAACGGGAGCUCACCCCGUCAUGGGGAUUCGAACCACCGACCUUCUGAUCAGCAAGUCCUAGGCUCUGUGGUUUAACCCACAGUGCCACCCGCGUCCUUCUUGCAUGAUACACAUGCUCAGAAAGACCUGUUUGUCACAUCCACACAUUGAGGAGUAGGCUUUAAAGAGCUUGGGUGCAAACCUGGAAAAUGUAAUGUGAACUUGAGAACAACUGUCCUAGGAAGGAGGCAACAGCGUUGUAUCAUACCUGCAAACCCUUUUUCCGGAUUCCAUCAUCUUUUGACUCUUUCCCUGCACUCUUUCACCCCUGAAUCUUCUGUUUCCUUUCCACUUGGUCCCCUCACCCCUGCUGUCAACCUCUCUUAUAUAACGUGUUCUUCCUUUUUCCUUUGCAGCCGACUCUGUUGCUGGCAGAACAACCACAUAUGACUCCGUCCAGACGAAAGACAUCUCCCAGGGCAUGUUCAGUUCCUUCAAGAAAGAAAUCUUUCCUCCUGUUCCAAGUCCUCCACCCAUUCGUAGAGCCAGCCUCCCAUUCAGCAUGGUGUUUAACCCAAACAACCACAUUGUUCCACUGAUGCUGGAUACUCCCAGCAGUGAAUAUAGUCCUUCUAGCCAGGAAAGUAGCUGCAGUGAGGUCUUUGCCUACAGCAUCCAGAACCAAAGGUAAGAGAAGUGAGCCUGGUGGGAGUCAGGUGAAGGCACCUCACCUCAGAGUUCAUCUAGAUUAAUUUGCCACCCAAGAUAAAAAGGCUAAGUUGUAUUCCCAUAGCUGUUGGCUUUCUUCCUGUCCCACAAAAUUGGUUGUCUUUAUUUGCGUUCCAAAUUUACCAUCCACUGUGAGUGCAUCAUCUAUGAGCGGAUGAACUUUGCAGGACUUUCUUACCCCCACCCACCAGGCAUUUGAAUUUGAAUUUCUUAUUUUGGUCACAGACCAGUUCCAGCCCACAUACAAUAUCAAGGAAGUCAUAAAACACGAUAGGGAUACCUUUGAAUUUGCAAUUAGGUAUAACAGGGACAAUACAGAUAUAGCAACAGUUUAAAAAUAUAUAAAUUAAAACUUAGUCACUAACAUAUAACCUAAAAUUAUCAUUUAAGGCCUUAAUCAUUAUGAUAGCACAGCUUGUUCCCUAAGUUUUUUGGCAAUCACACAGAAUUUAGCUACCCUUAACGUGAUCUCAGGAUCCUUGUCCUCUACCAGGGAUUUUAGACAUUGAAGUUCGGACCCAUUUGAAGAUUUUUGUAUAGCAGGAAUGAUAAAUGCCGAGCGUAUAUCCCCAUAGAAACAGCAGCGUAACAAGACAUGAGAGACAGUUUCUACCUCCAUCAAGCCGCAGGGGCAGACUCGUUCCGCGUAUGGUUUACCCUCAAAUCUGCCCUGCAACAAGGCAGAUGGCAGCUCGUUGAAUCUAGUGAGCGUAAAUGACUGUCGUUAUUUAGGUAUUUGUAAUUUUGACAACUAAUUUGCUGGGGUAAAUCCUCUCCCAUUAUCUUUUAUUGCUGGGUGUUUAUUCAUCUCGCUCACGUGGCAUUGCAGUUCCACAUCCCAAAUUCAUCGGCGGAUUAUUGCUCUAGCUUUCUCAUAACCUACAGCUAUCAGGGCCUGUGGGGAAAACCCCAUGCCUCUUAGCUUUUCAUGCAGUGUAGCUUUCCAUUUGGAUUGGUAGGAAUCCUGUAGGGUUAAGGGUGCCAACCCAACAGGGAAAAAGAUAAGUUUUAACCGAUAAUGGAUCUUCAGAAUACAUAUCCGGGCUCUAACAGGGAUUUGCCUGACCUCCAGGCAGACAGCUAUGUUAGACAGACAAGAAGGGAUCCCUAGCAGACAGUGAUAGAACUUAGUUUGGAAUGGUUCUAAGGGAGCAAGGUCUAAGUUAAAGCCAUGGUUUUCCCAGUAGUAAUGUAUGGAAGUGAGAGCUGGACCAUAAAGAAGGCUGAUCGCCGAAGACUUGAUGCUUUUGAAUUAUGGUGCUGGAGGAGACUCUUGAGAGUCCCAUGGACUGCAAGAAGAUCAAACGCAUCCAUUCUUAAGGAAAUCAGCCCUGGAUGCUCACUGGAAGGACAGAUCGUGAAGCUGAGGCUCCAAUACUUUGGCCACCUCAUGAGAAGAGAAGACUCCCUGGAAAAGACCCUGAUGUUGGGAAAGAUGGAGGGCACAAGGAGAAGGGGAUGACAGAGGACGAGAUGGUUGGACAGUGUUCUUGAAGUGACAAACAUGAGUCUGACCAAGCUGCGGGAGGCAGUGGAAGACAGGGGUGCCUGGCAUGCUCUGGUCCAUGGGGUCACGAAGAGUCGGACACGACUAAACAACAAGGUUUAAGAAGCUGCAGAUCCACCAGGCACGCACUGCAAACUUUGCAUGUGUUCUGAAGUCAAGUGUGGCACGAGGGACCUCAAGGGUGCUCUAGUCAAACCCCUAAGUGGCCCCUUGUUUCAUGGCAGACAAAAUUCAAACAAAGGCAUGAAUGCGAGUGUUCUCACUGGCUGUUUUUCAGCUCUGGAACUCCGCUUCACUUGGGCUAUGCCAUACAGUGGGACUUCGGUUUAAGAUAUGUUACGAUAAUCUUUAUUGUCAUUGUCCCAUCCAGAACAACGAAAUUGAAAAUAUCUACAUCAGACAUUCAAAAACCAAUAAGCCUGCUAUCCCAGUCUGGUUAGCCCCCUAAAAACUCUGAUACCCCAUAAUUAAAUACAAUAUAUUCCCAUAGAGACUACCUUACACUGCGUUUAGAACCAAAAUCGCAUUUGGAUAGAAACUGUUUCUCAGGCGGCUAGUCCUAGUCUUUAUAACCCUGUACCUUCUUCUAGAAGGCAGAAGCUGAAAGAGAUCAUUUCCUUGGUGCGCACUAUCCUGCACUAUCUCUGCAGCUUUCUUAUGGUACCUGGCAGCGUAGAUUUGAUCCAAGGUGGGAAGAGUGCACCCAAUUAUUCUCUCCGCAGUCUUUACAACCCUGGACAGCAUUGUUUUUUCCCUGGCCAUGCAGCUCCCAAACCCCCCACACAGACCAUAAGUUAAUACACUCUCAACAGUACAAUGGUACAAUGCCAUUAAUAGGUCCUUUGAGAGAUUAUUUUUCCGGACGGACGAUUCGGUUUAUGAACUCCGCAAAACUGGAAGUAGUGUCCUGGUUUGUGAACUUUACCCUGGUCUAAGAACGGAAUCCGAAGGUGGAAGGGCACCAGUAGUGGGAGGCCUCAGUAGGGAAACCGUGCCUCGGUUUAAGAAUGGUUUCAGUUUAAGAACGGACUUCUGGAACGGAUUAAGUUCAUAAGCCGAAGUACCACUGUAUCUUGAACUUCAUUUGGAGGAAGUGUAAAAUAUUUGUAUUUGGGCAUGUGAGGGGGGGGGUCCCCCCCGAAACAUUUCAAAAAUGGAUGCUUUGUGAGUAUUUGCAUUUUCAAUACAGUCGUACCUUGGAAGCUGAACAGAAUCCAUUCUGGAAGUCCAUUCGACUUCCAAAAUGUUUAGAAACCAAGGUGGGGCUUCCAGUUGGCUGUAGGAAGCUCCUGCACCCAAUCGGAAGCUGUGUCCGACGUUUGGCUCCCGAAGAACGUUCGCAAACCGGAACACUCACUUCCGGGUUUGGGGCGUUUAGGAGCCAAAAUGUGCGAGUGCCGAGGUGUUUGGCUUCCAAGGUAUGACUGUAUAUUGGUUCCCCCCUGCCAAAGAAACCCCAGUUAUUUGUCUUCAUGUCUUGUGGAGUGGGUUAUAAUUCUUAACAAUGACUUGUGAACUGUUUCUUUCCUCCAGCGUCGACGCUCCUGCGCAUUGCAGUUACCCUGAACAGCUGGAACCUACUGCUAACCUAGAGACCCCAUAUUACCACCCAAAUAGCCAGCCUGGGGUUUACCAAUUCAGCCAGUAUCCUCAGCACCAGGUGUCCCAGUUGCACCAUGGCCCAGUUCACCUUGCUGGCACUGCAUUUUCCAGUGUCGGCCUCACGCCAGCUAUGCCUGGUAAAUCCACCACAGCUUUUCUCCCCAUGCCUAGCAAUGGGGGACUUGUAACCUAUGGAGCAACAGAAGAUUCUCAGGGCUACCUGCAGAACCACGCAGGAGGACAGCUCCUAAUACAGCCACCAGCCGGGAACUCGGGUGAGUACCUCAAACGGAAUUCCGCCCAACGUAAUUGAUUCCUUAUUAAGGGAGAGAUGCCAUUGGAGGCACUGUCAGCAGUUGACUGGAUUGAACACUGUCGGAAGGUCCUAAGGCUCAGAAGGGGCCCUCACCAGCAUUCUGGGUGAGGUGGCUGCACCACUGCCAGCAUUUAACACAGCAGUUACAAAAGGCUUUUUAAACGUGGAACUUUUUAUUAUUUUAUUUUAUUUUAUUUAUUAUUAGAAAUUUUUUAUUUACAAACAAACAAACAAACACAUAGGCACGAAACAAAAUUCAUAUUACUCUACCACCUUAAAUUACAGACAUUAAAACAUCCUUGUGACUUCCCUCCACCGUCCCUCACCCUCCUAUAUAUUAUAAUAUAAUAUUUCACAUUGCAAUUUUCAUCUAAGUUUAUAUUUCUUAACUCUUUUAACUUACUGUUUAUUUUAACCAGCUUUACCAACAUUAAUCCAAACACAUCAACGUGUUAGUUUUUGAGCUGUGCACGGACAUAUAAUCUUCAGACAAUUUCCAUUGUAUUUUUAUUUUUGGGUUUGAUUGGUACCUUAUUACUGCAGUUAAUCCUGCCAAUUCUAUAAAUUCAAUUAGUUUAUUUAUCCAGUCAUCCUUAGUGGAUAUAUAUUUUAAAUGCAGAACUUUUUAAAAAGGGUCUUUCUGUGGCAAACUGCAGCAGCGGUGCAGGCCUUCUUCUAGAACACCCAAAUUUUUAUUCAAAGGAUUAGCAUGACUUAAACUGUUGCUCAUGGUAAAGGUAAAGGUAAAGGGACCCCUGGCCAUUAGGUCUGGCUGUGGCCGACUCUGGGAUUGCGGUGCUCAUCUCGCUUUACUGGCCAAGGGAGCCGGCGUACAGCUUCUGUGUCAUGUGGCCAGCAUGACUAAGCCGCUUCUGGCGAAACCAGAGCAGCGCACGAAAAUGCCAUUUACCUUCCCGCCAGAGUGGUACCUAUUUAUCUACUUGCACUUUGAGGUGCUUUUGAACUGCUAGGUUGGCAGGAGCUGGAACCGAGCAACAGGAGCUCACCCCGUCGUGGGGAUUUGAACUGCCAACUUUCUGAUUGGCAAGCCCUAGGGUCUGUGGUUUAACCCACAGCGCCACCUGCCUCCCUGUUGCUUUAAAAUCCCACAGUGGCUGAAACAGCAUAAAGGAAUUCUUUCUUUUCUCCCCCCCCCCCGCCUUUCUCUUCUCCUUUUUUCGCUUCUGCCUUCACCCAGGCUAUAUCCCUGUGCCUUGGAAUGAAUUGUGUAUGCAAGGAGUUCCAUUUUCCAAUCAACUUUGCUCACAAAUGCAGUUUUCCGGCUCAGGAGGGGGAUGUUAUUCAGCUGAGCAGGCACAGAACCUUCAGAACCAGAGUGGGCCUCCCAGUCCUUGUCUGCUGCAGCUGCCCAAAGCAGAAGGGCCAGGAUAUGCUGCUCUCUUGCUCCCUACUGAGCAAAUGGCAGAUCUCAAUUCAAACCUGGACCACCAGUCGCAGACACAACACAUGGCGCUACUUGAGGAAGACUCUGAUAUGGACAAAAUCCCCAAAGAGGAAGAGAAUAUUUCUGGUGAGUCCUAGUCACGUGGUCAUAAUGAGAUAGUCUGGAAUGAAGCAUUAAAAUGAAGGCACCACACUAGGUGUGAUGGUGUGAGAGCUGUGGUUGCAUCUCCCGAUGGUUGGUUGGUUUAUUUAAAGAGCAAAAUGGUAGUGGAGCCAUUCAGAAUUAGGCUGUAGUAGGAGAAGAGGAGGGUGGAUAGGAAAUGGUUUUGAAGUUGUUUUUUGAGUUGUUGGGAGCAGAACUGAGGUGCCCAUAGCACACCUCAAGGAGGUCUUGAUGAUGCUCACAACCUCCGCUUCACUGUUGUCCCAAGAGUGAAAUAAAAACCCAUCUUGUGGAAAUGGGAGGUGAAGCAGGCAGUGAAAGGAAAACUAGAAGGUAGCAAGGUAAACUGCUGUUGGGGCCAAAGGCCACCCCCUUUGGGCCACCCCAUACCUCCCUCAAAGGAUGGAGUGUUGACCCCCCAGCAGCACCUUUCCUGGACCCUCAGGAGAGAACCUUUGGCUGCCUGUCACUCCAUUCCACCUUGCAAGCAAGGGUCAGGGGCUUGCAGUCCCCCUUGAUCCUCCCUCACAUGAGCUUGUAAGGGCAGGUGAGUAUGUUUUUAGCAUUUUUCUUGAGUGCUGGGAAGAGCCCAAGCUCUUUUUUGCAAGCUGUUUUUGAGACAAAACAUGAGGGUUCCUACUCAUCCACAGUAGCAAAGUUGGUUUCUGGAAGCAAAGGAGUCCCAGGUGGAAAGCUUUUGAGUGGCAAGGAGGGCUAUCCUUGUGCCACACAGAGAAGUUGAGGACUGGGAGUGAAAGACCAGGAUCCUCCACAGUUCCACCAAGUGAAAUCCCAAAUUGUCACUCUGUGGAAUAUCCUAUUUUAGAUGCAUAAGGAUUCAAGGCAUUUGUUCGUUUAUGGCAUUUAGUCCUCAAUUUUCUUGGGUAUCCGGGAUUGUGCUGCCCGUACAGAAGGCCUUCUAGGAAGGAGCUGAAAUGUUCUUGUUGGCUUGAGGCUGUGGGCAGAAAGUUGCACCUCCCGGUCAGCUAGAUAGUCCUGUCCCUGCCAUCCCUCUGAAAUCCUUUAAGUGUGGUUCCUCAAAUCCAUGCUGAUAGAGCAUUCUUGCUUGGAGCUCCCACCACCUCUGAUCCACAAAUGGGAUUGUGUUGAUGCUUCAACCCACCCCACUCCAAAAUCUUGUGUCAAUUCUUUCUUUAUGUGCUCUGAAAAUGUGGGUUAUAUGAAAAAAGUGUACUGGCGACAGCAAGCAGCCAUGGUCAGCUGAGGAAUACAGUCAUACCUCGGGUUACAGACGCUUCAGGUUGCAUUUUUUCGGGUUACAGACCCGCCGAAACCCAGAAGUACCGGAACGGGUUACUUCCGGGUUUUGGAGGUCACACAUGCACAGAAGCGCUAGAUCACGCUUUGCACAUGCGCAGAAGUGCCAAAUCGCAACCCGCGCGUGCACAGACGUGCCGCUGCAGGUUGCAAACGUUGCGGGUUGUGAACGUGCAUUCCACACGGAUCAAGUUCGCAAUCCGAGCGUCCACUGUACUAAUAUUAGGGUCAGUGAUAAUACCAAGGUAAUACCCCAAGUUUAACUGAAAGUUCCCAAAAGUAAAUGUUGCCUUUUUUUUGGAUUUUCCUUUGUAGUAUGGGUGAGGCACAGUAACAUUUUCUCUGCGGUUGGAGUUACAACUACACAUAAUGUCAUUGCAUAAUUUAGGUUAAAGCUAUGUGUUUCUUUAAAAGCUGGGACAUGAUCAAAUAUAGCAAGGGAUGGUGCUACAGGGGCAUGUUUAAAGGGCUACAAAAACGAUGCUCCUAGUAGCUGUAAGAGAGCCUUUCUGCUUAAACUACUUCCCUUCUUCUCAUGGGGGAAAACAGUAGAGCUGAAGCUCUGAAAUGAGCUGAUAAGCAAAUGCUUCCUUUGGUGGCCAGUUCCCAAACAGCCAUCUUCUCAUUGUGGGUCACUCUAUUGUAUGCUGGUGACCCCACAAGGUUCCCAUGACCCGAGAUGAAAUGAGUCACUGUUCCCCCUUCUGGAACUGCUGUUCUAGAUACUCAAUUCCUGUUCCGGACGACCCCCUUACCAUUCUGGCCUGGUGGCAAUAACGCGGGUGGAGGGCUCUAGACUCAAGAAGGCUAGUAUAUGCCCCAAGAGGACUCUGAUAUCUGGCAACAUUUGGGAAAUAAGAAACACAACUCUCUGGUGGCUAGCAAAAGUGGUUUUUGCAAGGUGUUUUUUUUUUAACCUCUACCUCCUUUCCUAGACAAUGACUUCACAAGAUUAUCCUGAUCUUUAUCUUUCCAGAUUUUCCCGAAGACAGCAAGAACUGACUCAGAACUGACUCAGGCUUCCUCAUGGAAAACAAGGGGG